AACAGGUUCUUUCUGGCAAAAAAAAAUAAAAAAAAUUGAACAGGUUCUACGAAACAUUUGGGCGGCCAAGGGUUUGCAAAUUGGUAACAAAGAGCGCAGCUGGUGAGACCGUGAGAGUGAAUUGAGAUUGUGUGUUUCUGACGAUGCAGAGAUUUAAGUGUCUUUUUGCCGCGAGGCGUUCACUGCAAUGCAAUACUCACUUUCGAACUUUCUCUGCUCUGCCCAACUAUGCUACUCCCAACAAACUUGAAGAUGAUGUUUUAGUUGAAGGGAAAGCUUUUUCAAGAGCAUCUAUACUUAAUAGACCAGAUUAUCUGAAUGCUCUUACUACUCCUAUGCUUGGUCGACUAAACAGACUGUAUGAGUCGUGGGAAGAAAACCCAGAUAUUGGGUUUGUCUUAAUGAAGAAUAAUGGCAGGGCAUUCUCUUCUGGUUCUGAUGUUGUUACUCUGUACAACAAUCUUAGCAAUGGGAAUGUUGAAGAUUGUAAAGUAUUUUUCCAGACAUUGUACAAGUUUGUAUACCUUUUAGGAACAUAUUUCAAGCCACACGUUGCUAUCUUAAAUGGUUUAACUUUUGGAGCUGGUGCGGGUAUUUCAUUUCCGGGCAUGUUCCGUGUUGUAACUGAUAAAACUGUUUUCGCUACUCCGGAGGCUCAAAUAGGUUUCCAUCCAGAUGCAGGAGCUUCUUAUUACCUGUCUCGUUUACCUGGUUAUUUGGGAGAGUACCUGGCAUUAACAGGGGAAAAAUUAAAUGGUGUUGAAAUGAUAGCAUGCGGCUUAGCGACCCACUACUCACUUAAAGAGAGACUUCCUAUGAUUGAUGAAAGGCUCAGUAAGCUGAUGACGGAUGAUACCUCCGUCAUUGAGAACUCGCUUGCACAAUAUGGAGACCUUGUCUACCUAGACGAAACCAGCAUUCUUAAUAAACUUAAAAGCAUUGAUAAAUGUUUCGGUCAGGACACAGUUGAGGAAAUAUUGGAUGCUCUGGAAAAAGAGUCCGCAGAUUCUUAUAGUGAAUGGUCUACAACAGCCCUUAAGAAACUUAAGGAAGCCUCCCCAUUGAGUUUGAAGGUGACCUUGCAAUCGAUAAGAGAGGGUAGAUACCAACCUCUUGAUCAGUGUUUGGCUCGGGAAUAUCGUAUGUCAUGUAAUUGGAUUUCUAAACAGGUCUCUAAUGACUUCUCUGAGGGUGUUCGUGCAAGAUUAGUAGACAAGGACUUUGCUCCAAAGUGGGAUCCUCCAACAUUAGAAGAUGUAACCAAGGAUAUGGUUGGCUGCUAUUUUUCACCUCUUCCCGAGGUUGAGCCUGAACUAAAGUUAAAUACGGCUGUACGUGAACCUUCUCUCUAAUUCACUUUCAUCAAGCUUUGGAGUAAAGAAACAUGUUUAGAUCUGCUACGGUGGCUAGAGCUAAUCUAGAAUAGAAAGUAUAGCAAUAUUGCAAAAUAAAAGCUUGCGUGGUAUUGUGUUAGUAUGGGAUCGAUAAUGCAAUUUGAAGAUACUGGCUUGAUACCAAACCCUAGCCAUCCCGUCGACUUUGUUUUGGCUUCAUUGCAAAAACUCAGUAGAAAGUUUUCAGUUUUGUUUUUUGUUAUCUUUAUAUUCCUUACUAUGAUAGAAUUAAGGGAAUAUGUGGGUAUGACAUGAGUUUGCAGAUAGAAGUCAAUUAUCAGUACUGAAAGUAGUAUAUUCCUUGGUGGCUUGAUUUUUCAUAGAGCAUUGUAGCUUACUUGGACAGCUAUAUGGCACAAGUAUUCUCUACAGUUUCUACUUUGUGUGUACUGUAGGACUAAAUUUGUUAUAUUAAGAAAAAUAAUUUUUAUGUA